AUGGAGAACCCCCCUUCGGAAGACGCGGUCACACUGCAGUGCACAGAGCAAUGCACAGAGCAGUACGCGAUGCGCAAAGGCGAGGUCAAAGGAGAGGUCAAAAACGUAGUCCAAAACGAUGAGGAAGACAUAACCAAUUAUAUAGUUAGCAAAAAAAUGAACUUGACGAAGGAAAAAAACGAAAACGUAAAAAAUAUGAAAAAAUUAAUUUCAAAACAUCCAGACAUUUUUAUCAAGUCGUCCAUCCUAUCGAGAGAGUUCCAACAAAACGUUCAGGACAUCCAAAUCGUCGUCGAUGACUUAAGAAAUAAUUGCGAGAAAGUAGUAGCCUUGUUCGAGGCGGGUCAUCACAAGAGCAGCAUGGAGGGGAUGAACCUUCCCAGCAGUGUGUAUGACACCUUAGGAAGUGGCCUUCCGGCAGACAUGCUCAAAAUUCCUUUAAUAAUUCACCGGAGUAACGAGAAGGGGGACGUGCACCACAGCAUGAAGUACAUACCGCUAUGUGGAAGGGUGAAGCUACAUCUGUGUGCGUUACGCAGCUGCCAAUCGAGUGACCGCAAUUUGGCGAACUACCUACGGAGUUAUAAAAAAAAACUCAACAAAGAAAUAAAAAAAACGAGGGAACUUAUCUCCCAGUUGGUCAUGAAAUGUGAAGACGUGGACACCCUAAAAGUGUAUCUUCAGUAUCUGGCCAACAUACGAGAUUAUUUUUUGCUACCUCCAGGGGGGGAAACAACGAAUGAGAAGUUUUCAAGCGAAAUGAAGAAAGGUGAAAAUGGUGAAAAUGGUGAGAAUGGUGAGAAUGGCGAAAAUUGCCUGAGCGGGUCAGGUGAAAAACGGGAAAACAAUCUGACCCGCUCAGGCAGUUUCGCGAAUUGCAAAGACGGGAAAAUGACGAACGAGGAGUACACGCGGCACACAUUCUUAACGCUGAAGCACUUUCGCAUACUACAAUCGGUGAGGGAGCAACUGGAGAAAAAAAUAAGCAAGCGGGGAGCGAACAACUCGUUGAGUGCACAUGAAAUAGUCCAAAUAUUUUUGCAUGAAAUUGCAAACUUGAAGAGCAGCUACGAGAGGCUGUUCCAUUCCGCGGACGCGAAUCUCUUUAGGCACGUCGUGUUUCUUUACUAUUUCGCGCUUUCCCUCGUGCAUAUAAAGAUAAAGCAGGGGAGUGGAGCCCCGCCGGGGGGCGGCGCGAACAAGCUCGCUGGGGAGAAGUACCACGCGAAUGCUCACAGCCAGCAUUUGCUGAGCAAACUCAACCGAGAAUACCUCGCAGGCGAAUUGGCAAACUGCUCAGAAGAGGCGAACGCGUCGUUCAGACAGAGCAACGGCGAAGAAGGGGGACAGCCUCCCCUGCGCCUUUUUCUCAACCAAAGGUACCCCUUUGUAAAUGUAAAUAGCGCCCUCUUCAACUACAUGUAUUACUGCGUUUUUUUCAAAUGUGAAAAGGAAGUUUGUUUCCCCCCACGAGGGAGCGAGCAUGGGGAGGAAGGGGGGGAAAGGCUUCCAGCAGAGGAGGAAAAACUGCCCCACGGGGGGAAAAACCAAACGCCAGCUCCCCACAGGAAAAAAAAAAUCAGCGAGAAAGAAAAUCUACACAAUUGUGCAAAUGCGUUACGCAAAAACCACUACACGUGGGUGAAUUCCUUGUACGAGGAGGGAAACGCAAAAUGGAAACGAAAAAAGCAAAAUGAAAAGACAACAGAAAUGAAGCAAACCAUUUUUACCAACUACCUAUCAAUACAGGCGUUGGUUCAAAGGGGAAAUAUAAAAGACUCCGUGCACGAUUUGCUCCAGUGGCGAAAGAGUUGCGAAGAAGCUGCCUUCGCGAAGGAGAACAGGAGGGCAAUUUCCAUUACGGGGUUAAACGCGCCUGUCCUUCUGGACAAUAUUUUAAAAAAGAUUUUUAUCCUGUACGUUUACCACUUUUUGGAGAGAGCCAGUUUUCACUUUUAUGAGAGCGUUUUAUUUUUCGAUGAGGGUGAGCAGCAGGAGUUUGCUCAGCCGGGGAAGAACAUCCUGUGGCUCCUGCGCGAGCAGCAUCAGGAAGGGAGCGAAGAGCAGACGGGGAAGCAGCACCCGGAGGGGAGCGAUGAGCAGACGGGGCAGCCACACCUGGAAGGGAGCGAUAAGCACGCCUUCCUGAACGCCUACUUCCUCCACCUCCUGUUCCUCCUGAAAAGCAUAAAGCACUACGUAGACAAGUCGCUCACCUACAUUAUCAUUUUAUUGUUCGAAGAAUCCUUCAAGAGGGUGGUAAAAAAAUUGGUAAUGAUUUAUUUGGGCAAUCAAAAUAUGAACUUUAAGUAUUCUACGUUUCACCUAAUCGUGGAGUCCCUUUUUAAGAUAAUUUUCCCCUUCAGCUUUUCGUUCCUGUCGCGCGUUUUCCAAGUGGACACCUCCCGUUCGACGGAGAGCAUCUUCCAUGUUCUGGACAGCUACGGAGUUGGCGCGUGA